UGUCCCCCCUAACCAGAGCAACAAGUAGUGCCGCGUAGCCGACACGAUCCCCCUUUAUUUUUUGCCGAUUUUUAUUUUUCCGUCGACAUGCAACCCAAAGUAGCGAUGACCGGGGCCGGCAAGAUGGUCGUCAUCCUAGCGAUAUUUUUCUUCGUCGAGUGCGUCGCCGAAAACUCCGGUUUCGUUUAUCACAGGAGAGGACGGAUCACGAAAGGGUCCUGUCUGAGUUAUGGCCACGCGUGCUGGGGAGCACACGGGAAACGCGGCGGUCACGUCGAGUACUCCGAUGAGUCGCCGAACAAGGACGAAACGCGGGCGAACCUGUUUCUCUCUAAGCUCGUGAGUCCCAUAGACCUGCUCUAUUAUAGAGGGGCAUGGAACGCGGACAAGCAGUUCAAGAGCGACGACGCCUCCGAAGAACUAUCACGUGACUUAGACAAGGAUCCCGCGAAAAGCGACCGGGCGGAAGUGGAGGCGUUCUUUGGCGGGGCGGCGAGAGGCGGCAGGCAGACGAUCGAGGACAUUUUGAAAAACGACAAGUUUCUUGAAAAGCAAGAUGGCGGCCGCCGCGUCUAGUUCGGCCGCCGUUUCGAGAUUUUCCCUUCCCGCCGCCCGUAGCCACGCCCCUUCGCCCUACAAUUUUCCUCUCCGCUACUUCGACGUUUGUUUAUCGGGGCUGGAAAAACAAACGGCCAGAAGUUCGGUUCUAGAGAAGAUUUUGUGCGACGAACGGCCCCCACCCCCCGCAAAUGCCGCCACCCUCCGCUCCCCGCCCCCGAAACAGCCAUUAGCGCUAUUUUGUAUUACUUAAUUUUUAUAUAUACA